AUGGCUGAAUAUAUAUCAGUUCGAUCAAAUUGGCCAUCGUUGAAUUCACUAUCACUUGAUCUUAUUUGUGAUGUUAGUAUUGAGGAAACACAGCAGUCAACGAUGAUGGAUAAACAAGAAGAUACUAAUGAUGACAUUAAUACUAGAAAAACUAAUCCAUCCGAUGAGAAUAUUACAAGUGUUAUUCUUCGAUCAAAUCAAACAGACGAAAGAGAAGAUCCAAUUAUUAUAUUAAGUGUUCUUCAACCAGCUGAAUAUCGUAUUAUUUCCAUUCAAGUUUUAUCAAAUGCUAGACACAUUGAAUUUUAUGAUCAAGAAUAUAUUGGUAGUUCUCAAGGUUCACGUAUAACUGAACUUGAUAGUGAGUCAAUAUAUGAAUCAAAUUUUGAAUUCAAUCAAAUUCAUAAAUCAUUGACAUUGAAAUAUUUAAAACUUGCUGAUAUAACACAAUUAGUAGUGUAUUGUUUACAAAUAAAUUUAACUAAAGUAAAAGCUACUGCACAAUCGAUACCACUGAUGAAUUUACCAUUUGAUUUCAAUCGUGUACGUUCAAUGAUUGAUGAAACAAAUUUAUCUUCCAACGCCCGUCAGUUUAUGAAUAAUCUUCAACAUACACAAGAACAAAGACGUACGAAAGAAACUUCGUCGCAAGAUUUAAAUUUAGCUCAACUCAUGUUCAUGAUGAAAGGAAUGAAUAAUAACGCAUCAGCUAAUGCAAAACAGUUAGCACCUGAAGUUUCUACGCCUAUACUCAAGGAAAUUAAAACUUUGAAUGACGAACUGAAAAUUUCUACCAAUGAAGACAAUGACAAUAUGAAACAAGAAUUAAAUGCAUUGGAAAGUCGUUUACAAACAAAUAUAGACCAACGGUUCUCACAACUUCAACAAUAUAUUGAUGAUCGCUUUAAUUGUCUUGAACAAAAACUAACUAGCUUGAUAAGAUAA